UGGAAACCGUCAGCCAUUUUACUAAACGCGGCAGUGUUUGUGUGUGGCUGGGGUUUUCUUGAAUAGUCGUACAAAUCUAUUACGGUAAUUAUACCAGCCUACUUGCCUUAAAAUGCAGGCAGAACAAGAGCAGACUGACUUUAGCAGCAAUGAGUUCCCAGAGGGCUCCAAAAUAAACGCAAGUAAAAAUCAACAGGAUGACGGGAAAAUGUUUAUUGGUGGACUAAGCUGGGACACCAGUAAGAAAGAUCUUACAGACUAUCUGUCUAAAUUUGGAGAGGUGUUGGAUUGCACUAUCAAAACAGACCCUAUGACUGGGCGUUCCAGAGGAUUUGGCUUUGUGCUCUUCAAGGAUGUAGAAAGUGUUGACAGGGUCUUGGAACUGAAAGAGCACAAACUGGAUGGUAAACUGAUUGAUCCAAAGAGAGCCAAGGCAAUGAAAGGGAAGGAACCUCCUAAAAAGGUUUUUGUUGGAGGUCUCCGUCCAGAAACAUCUGAGGACCAAAUCCGAGAAUACUUUGGAACCUUCGGAGAUAUUGAAAGUAUUGAACUCCCUGUGGACAGCAAAACAAAUGAGAGGAGAGGAUUCUGCUUUGUAACAUAUGUGGAAGAAGAACCUGUUAAGAAGCUUUUAGAAAACAGAUACCACCAAGUUGGAACAGGAAAGUGUGAAAUUAAAGUUGCCCAGCCUAAGGAAAUCUACAGACAGCAGCAGAGCAGAGGAGACAGGGGCUUUGGAGGAAGAGGGGGAUUUAGGGGCCGUGGAAGAGGAGGACAAAGUCACAGCUACAACCAAGGUUAUAACAGCUACUAUGGGCAGAACUACGGAGGCUAUGGCAGUGGAUACAACCAGGGUUAUAAUGGUUAUGCUGGGUAUGACUAUUCAGGCUACAAUUAUCACAACUAUGGAUAUGGGCAAGGCUAUGAUGAUUACAAUGGUCAACAGAGCAAUUAUGGCAAGGCCUCCCGAGAGGGUGGAAACCAUCAGAACAACUACCAGCCAUAUUGAUGAAAUCACUUGACCUGCCAGAACCUAUGGUAAGCUAGGCUCAGGUUACAGUCAUUUGGCUUGCUUUAUCAACUUUAAAGAUCAAUAGACAACAUUGACCAUCCUCAACAUGCAAACGAGUGGUAUGCAUUGUCACAAGCCCCUUUUGAGUGAAAUCUUGGGGGAAUGUCUAUAGAUCUUUAAACUCUUAAUGCUUGUGUAGUGGUGUGGUUCGUUUUUUUUUUUUUUUUUUUCGUUUUUUUUUCCCUUUUUUUUAAAGCUCUUCAGAAAAACGUAAGUGUUUUUCUGUAGAUUUUUCCAUUUUUCUCCCUGCUUUUUAACAGGUGAUCAUAAGGAAAUAACAUAGAGUUGAUAGCUAUGCUAACAGGUAAAGUACUGCUAAAGGGUACAAAGUAAGGGCACCUCUCCUUAUUUUUUCCGUUCUUUCCCUAAUUCUGAUUACUGUACCUUGUUUGUACCUGCCAGCGGGGGACUUCAUUGCAGGCCGUGUGUCACCUGACCACGAAAUUCUCUGGGCGUCGCACAUAGCGGGCAGAGACCACGGCAUGCACGAGAAAACGCUGUCCUGUGGUAUGGUCUCUUCAAACUUCCUGUACCAGCGUAAAAACAAACAGCAAACAUAAAACAGGAGAUCUCUUGUUUUCCCUUAAGUUGUCACUGUUUUCUUUAACAGUUUUUUGAAAAUGGGUUUUUUACAGGUAUUUAACAGUGAAACCUAAGUGAUUUUAACUGCUUUGUUGUAUUCUCUUUUUUAAUUUUAGUGUUCUUGUAUUUCAGUUCUGGAGCUUCAGUGGUUUUUCCUUUUUGUUUUCCUAAAAAUGGUCCAUAUCCCAUAAACUGCAGAAACUCAUAAUGCUUGCUUUUUCUUUAGAGUCCAUAGAGAACUUCAAAUGGUACACUUCAAGCCUUUUCCUAAAAAUAUAGAUGAUAAAGAUCAUAUGUAAAUCAGUUUUAUGAAGCCAUAAAAAAGGUGACACAUGCAGUAUCACCUUGGAAAGAGUUACUGCCUGGCUGGAAAUCACGUUAAAAUUGAUGGGAUGAUGCACAAUUGAAUGUGGAUGUGCUCCUUUUUGGUGAUAUUGUCCACCAACCAAGUAGUGCUGAAGUUUUUGCUUUCUGAAACUGAAGUUGUACAUAUGAUCUUUAAUUUUUGAUGGUGAACUUAAUAGUUUAAAGUCGACAGCUCGCGAAGUUAAACAGUGAAACAUGGAGGUGGUCUUUUUCAGUUAACUACUUGUCUUAUCAAAAAUAAUUAAUGGUUUUAUUGUCUCUUCUCUUCUAGGUAGGCAGGCUGAGAGUUGAGUUUGUACGCUGGAGGCAGCUUGUGGAUACCCUGUCCUUCUUAAUCAAAGAGCAUCUUGAUUUUAAAAUACCUUUAUUUGGUUGUCCUCUGAAUGACAUUCAGUAUGUCUUUUGUAAAUAUUUUGUUUCCCAGUUUCUUAUCCUGUGCGAUGUUAAGGUAGAACCUAUAGGUUUUGUGCUGGUGUGUUCUUAAAUCUUGAUUUAGAAAGUUGUCUAUUUUUUUUUUUUUUUCUGCAGUUUUGGAUACAGGGAGUAUUAAAAAUUGGGGUAUCAAACCAUAA